CUCUCUUCUCUGUGCUUGGACUUCCUUUCCUCUUUCUCUUUUUUUUAACCUCAUGCACCGUGAAACCACCUAAUAUAACCCGCCAAAAUACCAUACCAUAAUGAGUUCUCAACAUUUCAUACCACCCGUGAAUUUCGGAAUGAUUGAAGAAGAUCUGUACCGAUCGGGCCAACCUAAUGAACUGAACUUUCCAUUUCUUGAAAAACUCGGUUUAAAGACGAUUGCAUGGCUUGCGCCCGAAGAACCCAACCAACGAUUUUUGGACUUUAUUGAUGAUCAAGAAAUCCAACUACAUCAUUUGGGUGUUGUAUCUUCCGUCAAUGCAUGGGAUCCUAUUACUGAAGAAGCAGUAUUAGAAGCAUUGGAUCUUAUAUUACAACCAAGCAACUAUCCAAUGAUGAUCAUGUGCAAUUUAGGUCGUCAUCGCACAGGAACCAUUGUUGGGUGCUUAAGAAAACUACAACGGUGGAACUUGACAUCCAUUUUUGAAGAAUAUCGACGCUAUGCCGGACCCAAAGUCAGAUUACUCAAUGAGCAGUUUAUUGAACUAUUUGAUACUGAUCUAGUACGAGUGCCUGCAAACAAACCGGGGUGGCUCUAGUUAUAAGUAAAAAAAAAAAGUCAUCAAUAAAGCCUCCUUUUGCCUCUGAUAUGGUUCGAAAUAACCAUUAGGAUCGAAAAGUAUAUAGACGUGCAGUUGUGAGCUAAUCCAGCGAAUAGUAUUUGUUAAAUUGCCCUGGAAUUAAAUCGCAGCGGAUGUGCCAUUCGUCGGUGACGU